CAGUUGAAAAAGAACAGAUGAUGUUUUUAUAUUAAUUGACAGUUCGUUGAUGUUGCGAAAUGAGGAUAUUUCGCAGCUGUAUUUAACAUUUUACAUAUGUAACUGUACACGGUUACGUAAAGAAAUAUAUACAAAAACUACAUCUUUUUAAACAGACAUAAUGCUCCCGGAUAUAAUGCUAAAGUAUAUCUUCCUCGUUGGGACAAUCAUUUUUACGACCUGUCUGUCACAAUCAGAGGCGCAAUACGAUGAUAAAAGAUGCAAAUGCAUCUGUCCAAGUCUCUCUUCUGUCAUAAAUACAACUCAGACUUCUAUGGAACGUCUGACAUAUAUCAUAAAUGUUCCACCGUUACAAUGUAAGUGUGAAAGUGUUGUUCUACCAAAACUUGGAGAACAAAUAAAAGGCAAGGAAGAGAUAUUUUGUCCACGAUGUGACUGCAAAUAUGAAAACAGGAAUACAACUAUUAUCAAGAUUGUGGUGAUAAUAGUCAUAUGGGUUAUAUCAUUGUUAGUAAUUUAUAUGCUGUUCUUAAUUUGUCUGGAUCCAUUACUCAACAAGCGGAUACAUAAGGCAUCAGCAAAUAUCGGUUAUCACGAACAUAAUAAUGAGGAGGAUGAUUCAUCUAUUGCACCUGGAACUUCUCACCCAAUGGGAGAAAGAGGCAAUGUCUUAAAUCGUGUUGGACAUCAGCAAGAUAAAUGGAAACGGCAAGUCCGCGAACAAAGGCGGAAUAUUUACGAUCGUCAUACUAUGCUAAAUUGAAUCGUACAUUUUGUUCUCGGAGAACGUUAUUGAGUAUCUAAAAUAUGACGAAAUUAGUUGUGACCAUGAUUUGUUCAUUGUUCUUUUGAAGUAGACUCUUUCUCUUUGCACUUAUUGUAUAUACAUGUAUUGAUGAAUGUCUCUUUCGCGAUAAUAAAAUAAUAUUAAACGUUGGAGCAAUAUUUGUAAAACGUAUUUUCGUAAAAUUUAUCAACAGAUCAUGCCACGGCAAAUACGUUAAUAUUAAACCAAAUGUAUAUGUAAGAAUUUUAUAAUUUACUGUUCCUAGCGUAUUAAAUAAUAAAUUAUUAAAUAUGUGUUGAAA